AGUGUGUUAAGAUUUACUUAUGGUUAGAAAAGACGCUCUUAUGAUAAGAUAAAAUCUAUUUUAUGUGUUUUCAUAUUGUGAACGUUGAUAAGAGUAACUUUUAUCCUCUAUACAAGCAGUUUUUAUCAUCAUUAUUUAAAAUAUUAUUGAAAUAUGAUUACUUUUUAGCUCAGUCGUGAACGUGAAAUAUUACAAGCGAUGAUGAGACAUUUACAUGGAGGCGGUGGUGGAAGUGGUAGCAACAACAGCAAUAGUGGUCAAACAAAUGGUCCAUCUAGUCAUAAUUCAACAACAAAUAAUCUUAAUUCAACAACAUCCAAUUCUCUAUCAUCCUCUUCGUCAACAAUUACAAAUGGAACACGUACUUAUCAUCCAUUGACACGUUCACAACUUUCCUCUUCGUCACCUACCUAUCAUUCUGUUGUCAAAGUUGAAAAUUCAUAUGCUACACCCUCAACUUCGUCCAAUAAUACCGAUUAUAUCGCUUCACAAGUAGCUGCAGCUACAGCAGCUGCCGUUAAUCUCUCAUCGUUUGCUGUUACACCGACAUCAGCUGCAGAACUUGCUGUAAAAUCACUUUUAAAACAGCAACCACAAGAUUUACGAGCAUCUCUAUCGUGUACCACGCCACCACCAAUGAAUUUACAAGAACGCGAUCAAGAUCAAGACGAUAUGGCAAGUAAUGAUGAAGAUGGUAAUGAAUCAAAUAAUGACGAAAGUGAAAAUGCUGAUCAACAAUCAUUAGAAGCAACACCGACACAAUCAAUUAUUGGCACACGAACAAAACAUGAACGACGAUCAGCAAAUAUGCACGGGAAAAAAGCUGGAAAAGAACUGAAAAAUCGCGAAUUUUAUAAAUCAGCUGAUGUUCGUCCACCAUUUACAUAUGCCACAUUGAUUCGUCAAGCCAUAAUUGAAUCAGCUGAAAGUCAAUUAACAUUAAAUGAAAUUUAUAAAUGGUUUGAAGCACAAUUUUUAUAUUUCAGAAAGAAUGCACAAACAUGGAAGAAUGCUGUUCGUCAUAAUUUGAGUCUACAUAAAUGUUUUAUGCGAGUGGAGAAUAUCAAAGGUGCUGUAUGGACAGUUGAUGAAAAUGAGUUUUGUAAACGGCGAGCACAACGUGGCGUACCAAAUGAAACAUCAUCACCGUACGGUCAUCAUGUCUCGUCAGGUCGUUUGUCCGAUGAACAACAAUUGUAUUCAUUACCAUUCAAUAUGGAAGAUGACUACAAAGAUUUUAAAGGUUUGAUUAAUCACGAACUAGCGUUGGCUGCUGCAGCUGCGGGCGGCGGCAAUGAUAAUGGUGAAAAUGAAGGCGGAUAUGAAGAAGACGAUGGUCAACAGUCAGAUGAACAAAGUGUCGUGGAACAAAACGGAGCACAAGAAGGAGAAAUGACAGAAUAUGAUCAGACAAAUGAAGAAGAACAAGAUGAAGAACAAAAUGAUAUGAGGU